UUUCUAUCAUGUACCAUCUACUAAAAUCCAAAUUUAAUAUAACAGACAUUUCCAUCACUUGACGCAACGUGAACCACCUGCACUUUAUAUACUACACUCCACAUUUCAAGUCCACGGGGAUAUUGUAGAUCACCAUUCAUCUGUCUGUUAAACGGAGAAAACUGCAAUAGGAUGGAUAGGUUUAGGUUUUUUCUAACGUGGAGUGUAGUAAUUUCUAUGGAUUCAGCUCUUCCUGGUGCACUGUGUUGGGGAAAAGAAGGGCAUUAUGCCACAUGCAAAAUUGCUGAGGCCCUUCUAAGUAAAGCAGCAGCAGAUGCAGUGCAGCAACUUCUUCCAGACUAUGCAGAGGGGGAUCUUGCAUCCCUUUGUUCAUGGCCUGACGAGAUUAAAUUUUGGCACAAAUACCACUGGAGCAGCCCUCUGCACUACAUUGAUACACCGGAUUUCAGGUGUAACUAUGACUAUUCUCGUGACUGUCAUAAUGCACAGGGAGAAAGAGACAUGUGUGUGGCAGGAGCCAUCAAUAAUUACACUUCUCAGCUUACAACAUAUGGCACUUUGUCUGAUGAGAGAUAUAAUUUGACAGAAGCAUUACUUUUUCUGUCUCACUUCAUGGGAGACAUUCAUCAGCCUCUGCAUGUCGGAUUCACUGGAGAUUUAGGAGGAAACACAAUAAUUGUACGCUGGUAUCGGCGAAAGGCCAAUUUGCAUCAUGUAUGGGAUAAUAUGAUAAUUGAGACAGCAGUUAAAGACUUUUAUGGCUCAAACCUCACUCUUAUGAUACAAGGAAUUCAGGCAAACAUAAGUGAUAUUUGGUCAAAUGAUGUUUCUACAUGGGAGAGAUGCAGCACAAAUAAAAAUGCUUCCCCAAAUCCGUAUGCAGUUGAAAGUAUUGGUUUAGCUUGCAAGUGGGCAUACAGAAACGCUACUCCAGGCACUAUUUUAAGUGAUGAUUAUUUCCUCUCUCGGCUGCCGAUCGUUGAGAAGCAACUUGCAAAAGGAGCUGUUCGGCUGGCUGCAACGCUAAAUCACAUUUUUUCUUCAAAAAUGGUUGACAGACAAAUAGCAAUCAUAUGAGAAGUUAAAACAUUAUUAAAAUGAAUUUCUUUGUACAGAUUUCUAUCAGUGUACACAUUUGGAUAACAUAUUUGCUAUACUCGCAAAAUAUGUCAUGCUUUAAUUUCUGUAAAUUAUGCAAUUGUGAGUAAUGUACUGUGGCUGCGGGGGGUAGAAGCAUCUGAUGUUAUGAUUAUGAAAAAAGAAUUGUGAAAGAAACAUUAUCUAAAGCCAACAUUCAUUCUUAAAUAUGAAGACAUCAAAGUUUGUUUA